AUGGCCUCCAACACCGGCAACUCCCAGGAUUACCCGUACAGAAACAACAACAACGACGACCAGUCGGACUACGGGACGACACUCGCCAUCGUGUUCGCCGUCGUCUUCCUCGUCCUCUUCAUCAAGCUCGUCCAUUGCAUCAUCAGCCAGUCUGCCGCCGGUGCACCGGUGAACGGUGGCACCGCACCUAGCGACAGGCUUCGCGCCGACGCCGGCUUACGACGGCUGGAAGGUGGCGGCGCGCGAGGCGUGCCUGUUGGACUUCCACGACGACGGGAAGGCGGCGGCGCACCGAUGGUGUGCCAACCACCGUGGUGCACAUUCACCUACCGGAAGGACGACGGGUGGCAGGAGGCGGCGUGCACGGUGUGCCUGGCGGAGUUCGCCGACGGGGAGGCCGUCCGGCUGCUGCCGGUGUGCAUGCACUACUUCCACGCCGCCUGCAUCGACGAGUGGCUGCGCACGCGCGCCACCGCCACCUGCCCGCUCUGCCGCGCCGCGCCGGCCGCCGCUGAAGCCACCGUGUGA